CCUCCCCGUCCAUCCCGCAAACUUUCCAUCCUUUCCUCUUCACACCACGCGUUGGGUUUUCUUCUUCUAUUUCCCCUUCAUUACUUCUUUGACAACCGGCAAAAUGGCUCUCUCUCCUCAGAUCACCAACCUGAUCAUCAUCCUGGGUAUGAUGCAGGUCUCGAAGCGCGUCCCCUUCGAUGAUCCUUUCGUGCUCAACGUUGUCCGCGCCAUCUACCUUGCCAGCAACGUUCUCAUUGCCGGUCUCUACUUCUUCACCCAGCUCAAGAUCAACAAGAAGAAGGACCUGACGACCCUCAAGUAUGUUGAGCCCGCCCCCAUGGGCUCCUCCGAGGAGGGCAAGCUCGUCACCACCACCAUCCACGCCUACGACAACCAGCAGAUCCGCACCGCCUUCCGCGGCCAGGCCAUGGGUAUCGCCAUGAUGGCUUUCAUGCACGUGUACCUCAAGUACACCAACCCCCUGCUCAUUCAGAGCAUCAUCCCUGUCAAGAGCGCCCUCGAGAGCAACAUUGUCAAGAUCCACAUCUUUGGCCAGCCCGCUGCCGGCGACCUCAAGCGCCCCUUCAAGCAGCCCCAGGGCUUCAUGAGCGCCAUGCAGGGCGGCCCUGUCCAGAGCGACAAGAAGGCUGUCGAGGCCGCUGAGCGUGCUGGCCGUGGUGGUGCCAAGGAGGAGUAAAGUAGACAGCCUUUGGAAGGAUUGCUUGGGCAUAGAAGCCUCUGUGGUCUUUGUAUACCAAGGCUCUUGUAUCCGGGUUUUUUGUAGACCUUGGUUGUAUCACUAAAUAAUAUGAGCAACAUGGUUGUCACG